AUGCCUCGUGGUGGCAAAACUCAAAGGCUCCAAGAUAUGUUGUCUCAGUCUCACAUUGCUCCUAAUAGAGAUGAACUGAGAGAGUCCGAGAGAGUAGAUGAAUCAGUUCACCAGCCUCCUGAAACACAGGGACAGGGAAAUGUGAUUGGAACUAAUCCUAUUACUGUUGAAAGAAUUGCUAUUGUCGUUGCAUCUGCUAUGCGUAAUACCGACGGAGAUUUUAGUAUUGAAAGGGCUACAAAGUUAGGGGCUAAAGUGUUCAUUGACACAGCCGAUCCUGCAGUUGCGCAGGCAUGGAUGACAAAGAUAGAGAGGGUAUUUGACGUUAUGGAUUGCUCAGACGAUCAGAAGUUGUGUCUUGCCACCUUCUUAUUAGAGGAGGGUGCGUAUGAUUGGUGGCAGUGGGUACGGAGCACAUAUCUAGACCCUUCCAUCAUUUGUUGGAUAGAUUUUCGUCGUAUCUUUUACGAUGCUUAUUACCAUCGAUCCUAUAAAGAUGCAAAGCAGGAGGAAUUUCUGAAACUAAUACAGGGCCAUAUGACUAUUGCAGAAUAUCAGGAAAAAUUUAUUGAACUUUCAAAAUAUGUCCAAGUUCUGGUAAGCAACGAAAUUGAUAAAUGUAGACGGUUUGAAAAUAGGUUAAUGGAAGAAAUCAGGUCAAUAGUAAUAGCUGCAGGCUGGAAUGAAUUUGGCAAAUUAGUGGAAUCAGCUUUGAGAGUAGAAAAGAGCAUUUUUGAUAGGCCAAUUGGUAGAGAACAAAUAAUGUUCAGAGCAAACGUAAAGGAGAAUGAGCUCAAGGUAAAUUUAAUACCUCUUGACAUACAUGAUUUUGAUGUUAUCUUGGGUAUGGACUUUCUGACAACAAAUCGAGCUUCAGUUGAUUUCUUUCAAAAGGAGGUUGUGUUUAGACAACCAGGACAGCCUGAAGUUAUAUUCAAUGGACAGCGCAGAAUUUUACCGUCUUGUGUGAUAUCUGCUAUUGAUGCUAAAAGAUUACUCAACAAGGGCUGCCAUGUAUAUUUGACUCAUGUAAUUGAUACAGAUGUUAGCAAACUAAAACUUGAAGAUAUCCCAGUGGUCAAGGACUUUCCUGAUGUAUUUCCAGAAGAAUUACCAGGCUUACCAUCAGACAGAGAUAUGGAGUUCACUAUAGAUUUGAUUCCAGGAACUGCACCUAUUUCACAGGCACCUUAUAGAAUGGCACCAAUAGAAUUGAAAGAGCUAAAGGUUCAGUUGCAAUAG